UGUACUUAGUAUUGGGGUUUGGGAAUAGAAGCUUAGCUGAGAAUUUUCUUGUUGAGAAAAGAAAAAAAUGCAAAACAAGAGAAUGAAAUCAGAUAUUCCGAUUGUGAUCGUAGAUAGUAGUACUAGUGAGGAAGAAGAUGAUGUUGAUUACUUUGAUGAUAACAGUACUAGUGAGGAAGAAGAUGAUGUGGAUUACUUUGAUGAUAACAGUACUAGUGAGGAAGAAGAAGAAGAUAGUUAUGGUAAUAUGAAUAAGAAGAGGAAGAAAUUCAUGGUUUAUUCUAAAAGCAGGAAAAAGGAGUCCAAAAUGUGUCAUCAGUGUCAGAGGUGUGAUAAAGACAGAGUUGUGUGUUGUUCCAAAUGUAAAGUUAAAAGAUAUUGCCUUCCUUGCAUCAAUAGAUGGUAUCCUGGGAUGCCAGAGGAGGCCUUUUUAAAAGCUUGCCCUGUAUGUCGUAACGUUUGCAACUGCAUAGCAUGUUUGCGGUUAUAUGGGCCAGCGAAACAUUUGAUGGAUGUAGAAGUGAAUUUCAGUGAUGAAGAAAAACUCGAGUACUCUAAGCAUAUUGUACAUGCACUUUUGCCUGCUUUGGAACAAUUUAAUACAGAGCAAAUGAUUGAAAAGCAGAUUGAGUAUCAGAUUCAAGCAUUGCCAGAUUCGGAGGUUAAAAUACACAAAGCAAAAUACGAGAAGGACGAGUGCAUUUAUUGCAACUAUUGCAGUGCUUUUAUUGUUGAUUUUCACCGGAGUUGUUCUAGUUGUUCCUAUGAACUUUGCCUUACUUGUUGCAAAGAAUUAAGGAAUGGCAACCUGCAAGCAGAUGCAUCCGAAGUGAGGAUGCAAUAUAUUGACAAUGGACCAGGUUAUUUGCAUGGUAAAGGUUGUAGCAUAACUUCAACCAAGAAUGAAACUUGUGCCGGAACUAACAAAGUUAAAAUAAAGGAUCAAACCAAGGUGGUAAUGACAACUAAAUGGAAACCGAAGGAAAAUGGUACCAUUCAUUGCCCACCCAAAGAUAUGGGAGGCUGUGGCAAAGGAACCUUAAAUUUGAGAUGUAUAUUUUCUGAGAAUUGGAUAUCACAGCUGUUACUGAAAGCUAAAGAAAUAGCUCAAAAAUGUAAACUGAAGGAAACACAUAAUGAUUCAGAACUGCACUACUCCUGUUCAAAAUCUAAGGAUGAAAAUGGUACUUCUGGUGGCAAGCUACGUAAGGCAGCUGGUCGGGAAAAUUCUGAUGAUAACUAUGUAUUCUGUCCAGCAGCUGUGGAUACUCGGCGUGCAAAUUUGAGGCAUUUUCGUCUCUAUUUAGCUAAGGGUGAACCAGUUGUUGUAACUAACGUUCAUGAUAAUGCAUUGGGAUUGAGCUGGGAACCUAUGGUAAUGUGGCGUGCUUGUCGACAAACCAAGAAGGCUACUGAUGUUUUAAAUUGCUUAAAUUGGUGUAAGUUGGAAAUGAACAUACACCAGUUUUUUAAAGGAUACAUGGAGGGUCGCUUUGACAGUUAUGGGUGGCCUCAACUCUUAAAGUUGAAUGACUGGCCUCCAUCAGGUCUAUUUGAUGAGCAGCUGCCGCGUCAUGGUGCCGAAGUUUCUAGUUGUUUACCAUUUAUGGAAUAUACACAUCCUCAAUAUGGCUAUCUCAAUCUUGCUCUAAGACUUCCUGAUAACUGCACGAAGCCAGAUUUGGGGCCUAAGGCAUACAUUGCUUAUGGUUUUUCUAAGGAGCUUGGACGUGGAGACUCAGUCACCAAACUACACUAUGUUGUGACUGAUACGGUCAACAUGUUGAUGCACACUCAAGCAGUGGUCCCAACAGUUGAACAGCUCUCGGCCAUAGAGAACUUGAAACAGAUUCACAAAGCACAGGAUCAGAGGGAAUUUGUAGCUGAUGCUAAGAGGAUGCAUGACAGCAUUAAGGCUAACCUGCCUAAUGAAAAUGGAAAAUCUGUUCUGAAAGGGAUGAACUUUUCUCAGGAGAAGCAGAACUGUGUGAAUAAGAAGUAUCGCCAGCAAAGUGUUAAAGAUGAUUGUGAAACAAAUAAAGACGGAGAAGAAUACCAACACAGAGAAGAUAGUAGUUCUCUUUUUGGGCAGGAUAAGACUGAAGGAUUUGAGGAAGCAGAUGGUGGUGCUCUAUGGGAUGUCUUUAGGAGGCAAGAUGUUCCUAAAUUGGAGGAAUAUCUCAGGAAGCACUUCAGGGAAUGUAGGCACAUAUAUGGUUCACCAUUGCCACUGGUUGUUCAUCCCAUUCUUGAUGAAACUUUCUACUUGAGCACUGAGCAUAAAAGGAGGCUAAAGGAAGAAUAUGGAAUUGAACCAUGGACAUUUGUUCAAAAAUUAGGUGAAGCUGUUUUCAUUCCUGCUGGAUGCCCUCAUCAAGUUAGAAAUCUGAAGUCCUGCAUUAACGUUGCUGUUGAUUUUAUUUCUCCUGAAAAUGUGAAUGAGUGCAUCCGUUUGACCGAGGAGCUUCGCAAGCUUCCCAGAAAUCAUGAUGCUAGGGAAGACAAGUUGGGGGUAAAGAAAAUAAUCGUUCAUGCAAUGAGCCAAGCAGUGAAUCAAUUGGAAAAGACGCUAUUUAGGAACUCUGAAGCGGGCAUCGCUACAGGAUUAUCCUUAUCAAGUUCGAUCAGCAAAAGUAUAAAUUCUAUGCCAGGACCAGGUAUGCCAAAAUCUUCGUCCUCCAUUUCGGAAGAUCUAUCCAGUAGCAGGACUGCCAAAAGAGAAGAAUAUGUUACUUCAAGUGAGAAUGAGAAACCAAGAACUGCUGAAGUUAAUCUACGUUCCCCGCUUCCAGUUCUUAAUCAUCUGUCUUCAGCCAACAAGGCUAUGCCAGGACCAAGUAUGCCAAAAUCUUCCUCCGUUUCGGAAGAUCUAUCUAGUAGCAAGACUGCCAGAAGAGAAGAAUAUGUUGCUCCAAGUGAGAAUGAGAUACCAAGAGCUGCUGAACCAGUUCUUGAUCAUCUAUCUUCUGCAAACAAGGCUAUGCCAGGACCAAGUAUACCAAAAUCUUACUCCGUUUCGGAAGAUCUAUCCAGUAGCAAGACUGUCAAAAGAGAAGCAUAUGUUGCCCCAAGUGAGGAUGAGAAACCAAGAACUGCUGAAGUUAAUCUACAUUCUCCGCUUCCAGUUCUUUCGGCAAACAAGGCUCAAGAAAGCACGUCGGUUCCUAGUCAAGAGUUGAAGCAGCCCAUCAAAAUAGAAGAUGUGGAAUCAACUUUCCACACGAUUCAGUCAUUCUUGAAGUCUUUACCGGAGAAGUAUUCCAGCCAACAAACAGGCCUCCAGAGCAACAGUACUUCUUCAGCUUCAACACUUGCAAAGUUAAUAUUUGAAUGCUCAAUCAGACUCCCUUUGGAGGCAUUGGCUCAUGACCCGAUGAAUGAAAAAGAAAUGUGUGGUGCAAUUGUUGCUUUAAAUGAAAAUCCAUCAUCGUUGUUUAGCGAUGAACAAACCAAGCAAUUGGUAAAACUCAAGUAUGAAUUCCCUGUCAUGGUUAAGAAAUGGAGGGACUUGGCACGAGCCGAAUCAAGUUACCAGGAAUUCUUGACCAACUUCGAAGAGGACAGGAAAAAACUGGAUAUUUGGAUUAGAUCAGAAGAAAGGUUGAAGGCGGAGUAUGAUAAAAAAGAGGAACAGGCUAUAGAGUUGGAAGCAAUACUUCAAGAUAUAAAGACCAGGCAGAAAGAAAUCAUGGACGAACGACAAGAAGGGUCUCGAGAAGCUCAAAAACUCAUGUUGUUAGCUCAAGAAAAAGCUGGCAAGAUAAAAACCACUACCAAUGAAUUGGUAACAACAAAGAUGCAAAUGGAUGGCUUGAGGAAAAAUUGGUCCAACUUUCAGUCUACAUUCCCCUAGGUGUUACAUUCCGGUCUCUCCUUCUGUUGUCAGGAACCACAACUGUUUUAACUUUCUUGACUUUAUGGUUCUUAGGACUAGAUACAUUUUGGAAGGUGGAGUUCUUCUGUAAGUAUAAAUUGUUGGAGGUUUUUGGCUGCUUUUGCCUGGUACGUUGACGUUUUUGUAGAAAAUUUGGUCUCGAACUCUAGUUUAGCUCUAGCAGGUGAGAGGUUACUCUUUAUAACAAUUUUCCAUGUUAGCUUUGCAUAAAUGUCAAUUUCCAGAUAUUUAUGGUACAUAGUUUGUUCCAUUUGAAAAGC